UCAGAUUCAAGAUGGCGAACAAGAGGACGAUAGGAGAUAAACAAGAUUCAAGCAGCAAAAAGAAGCAGAAAACGGCAAAAAGGAAUAAUCAGUCAGGAGUUAAACAAGUGGAAGAUGAAGAAGACUUCCCUAGAGGAGGAGCUAGUGCUCUAAGCCCACUUGAAGUACGAAGGAUAAAGCAAGAAGCUGAGAAGGAUGUAUUGUUUGGAACUACUACAGAAGAAGAUACAAAAAAGAAAAAGAAAGCAAAAGCAAAAAAGCCAAGAUUUGAUGAAGAGAAAUCACCCAUUGAGUCAGAAUCCACUCCUCAGAUCAAACUUGUGGAAAAUCUUUCAUUCAAGCGACUUUCUGUUGGAAUGAAAUUACUUGGUGCAGUCAAGGAGAUAACUGAAUAUGAAGUAGUGAUUAGUUUACCUAAUGGAUUGAGUGGUUUUGUUAAUGUGUUGGAUAUUAAUGACAAGAUUACUGAAUUAUUGACUUCACAAGAUGAGAAUAUGAAUGAAGAUGAUGAUAAAGAUAAUGAUGAUGAUAUUCCUUCCUUAGACGAUCUCUUUACAGUAAAUAGUCUAGUUGUCUGCGUCAUCAAAGAGAUAUUCCCAGAAAAGCAUGGACACAAGAAGAUUCAACUAUCUGUCAAACCUGAAGAUAUAAACAAUGGUGUUGUUAAUCUCUUUAAGGGAAUGGUUGUCAAUGGCUACGUGUCCAGUGAGGAGGAUCAUGGGUAUAUUGUUUCUUUUGGUAUUCAAGGGAAGACUGGCUUCCUUCCUAAAAAGCCAAAACCUCCUGUUGAUAUUAUUGUUGGAAAACCUCUUCAAGUUUUUGUGAAGUCUGGGGAUGAAGCUCGUGUUGCUGCUGUAAGAGUGGAUAAUGAGAAAAUAAAGAUGGCAAUGAUGACAGAGGAGAUGAAAUUCAAACUAUCAAGCCUUGUUCCUGGUAUGAUGGUACAAAUGACUGUUAAAGAGUGCACAUCCAAUGGUCUUGUUGUAUCAUUUCUGGACAUGUUCGAGGGUACUGUCAGCUUGAAUCACUUGCCUGAAAAUGGAGGAGAUGGUCAAGACCUAGAGAAGAAAUACAAAAAGAAAUCCAAGAUAAUUGGCCGCAUAUUGUACAUUAACACUAAGCAGAAGAUAGUUGUGUUGAGUGCACACCAAGCCAUAGUAGAAUAUAAACCUCUAUCAUUUGGUGACUUGACUUUUGGUCAUAUCAUUGAAGAAGCUACAGUGCUAAGGGUAGAUCAAGGCUUUGGAAUGCUGUUGAAGAUAGACGAUGAUACCCAUGGAUAUUCUCAUAUUUCUCAUGUUUCCGACUCUCAUUUGGAAAAACUUGACAAGAGAUACAAGUCAGGCACUCAGCACAAGUGUCGAGUUGUGGGUUUUAAUGCAGUUGAUGGCUUGGUUUCAUUGUCAUUGAAGAAAUCAGUCUUGGAAAAACCAUUUCUUCGUUAUCAUGAUAUUGAAGUGGGUUCUCUCAUUGAGUGUACAAUACUUAGCCUAGAGAAGUUUGGCAUGUUGGUUUCAGUAGCUCACAAUAUCAAGGGACUGGUAACUAACAUGCAUCUUGCUGAUAUCAUCCUGAAACAUCCAGAAAAGAAGCUAAAAGAAGGGAAGAAGAUUGAAUGCAGGGUCCUCACUGUUAUUCCUGAGAAACGGAGGCUGCACUUGACGUACAAAAAGACUCUAGUGUCAUCUGAGCACCCUAUUAUCACCAAAUAUAGUGAUGUCAAGGUUGGCAUGGUGACCCAUGGCUUUAUCACUUCUUUGCGUGAGCAUAGUUGUAUUGUGACAUUUUACAAUAAUGUUACUGGACUUGUCCCCAGAGGAGAACUUGGUAUUCAACCCCAGGAAGAUCCUCGGCAGGUUUUCUAUGCUGGUCAGGUAGUAAAAUGUUAUGUCAUGAACUGCAAACCAGAAGAAAGAAAGAUAAAGUUGACUUUCAAGGCAAGCUCAAUAACGAGCCCUGCAUCUUCAUUUCAAGGCAGUAUUCAGCCUGCCACUAUUSUUGACGUUGAUGUUGUAGCAAGUACCAAUGAAGGUCUUGAUGUUCAAGUCAGUCCAGGUGGCUUACCAGCUUUACUACCUGUAUCUCACCUAUCAGAUCAUCCUUGUAAUUGUAAGCCCUUGUUGGCUGCCUACAAACCAUCCAGUCAGCCUGUAAGAUUAACUGACGUCUUAUACUUUGGUUGUGGCAACAAUAAAACUCAUAUUGUGUCAUUUAAGCCAUCAUUAAAAAGUGCUGUAAAACAAGGAAAAAAGUUGACCAGUUUUGAUGACAUUCAUGUUGAUAUGAUUCUGUCAGGUUACAUAAAGCAGAUCAUGCCUUAUGGAGUCUUUAUUGAAUUUGCUCCAAGAAUACUUGGUCUUGCACCUAAUUCUUUUUUAGCCAACCAGUUUGUGGCUGAUGCCUCUGAACAUUUUGAAGUUGGACAAUCAGUCAUUGCAAAGGUGGUUGAAAUUCAUGAGGAGCGCAAGAGAUUUCUUGUUAGCUUGAAGCAGUCUGAUUUAUUGCCUGAUUCCCUCACUUGGGAUCAAAACAUUGCUGGAGAUCUAGUCCAGGACUAUUUGAGGGAGAGAAAGCUGAUUUUGGAUUCUAUUGCAAGCAAUUCUGAUAAUGCAAAGGCGCUUCAGUCGUACUCACAAGGUAGCUGUAUUGAAGCCAAAGUAAAGUCUAUCAAAAAACAUGGUAUCAUGCUACAACUUGCUGGUGGCUUCAAAGGAUUUGUACCACACCAGUUAGCAGAAGGUGUUAGUUGCCAAGAAGGUGAAGUAGUAUAUGGUGUUGUAUUGGACCAUGACAUUGAUGCAAUGACUGUUGAGGUCACCCUAUUGCCAGACAUUGUCCAGGAAAUCAGAAAAGAGAAAACUGAAAAAACGAAAAGAAAAAAGAUGAAACCAGGACAAGUUGUAGACUGUGUUGCUCUGCUAAUCAAGCAAAGCUAUAUAAUUGUAUGUCUACCACAGCAUCAUUACAGACUGGCAAUUGCCCCAGCUAGAAUGCACUUAAAUGACAUCAGAGAUGCUUCUAAAAGAUAUGCAGUAAGACAGAAGUAUACAGGAACCGUUCACAGUGACCAGCCACUAGUUGUAGUAUUAGAAGACAAAUCUACAAGCAAAGAAAACAUAAAACCAGGAAUAAUUACUUCUGCCGUUGUUAAGUCUGUCAAAGCAAUACAAAUGAAUGUUCAACUUGAAAACUGUGGUUUAAGUGGUAGAGUUAACAUUUGUCAUGUUACUGAUGAAAUCAAGGAGGGAAAGUCACCUUUUAAGGAUUAUCACCAAGGAGAAAAGAUUCAAGUGAAAAUAUUGGGUUUUAGGGACACAAAGACACACAACUUUCUUCCUGUUACACAUAAGAAUUUUACCAGAUCAGUUGCAGAAUUAUCAAUAAAACAAAGUGAUCUUAGUAGUACUGAGACUCAGUACAAACCACCAGAAUUAGAGGACUACAAAGCAGGAGAUAAAGUUACAGCAUUUGUUAAAUCAGUAACAGAUCAUUGCAUAUGGAUGAUAGUGUCUGACAAAGUAACCGGAAGAGUGUCCCUACUUCAUUCGUCACUUGAUGUCAAGGUUCUGAAGAAGCUGUCAUCUCAUUUCAAGCAAGGAACGGCUUAUAGAUGCUAUGUAAUGGACAUUGACACAACACAUGAAACACUUGAGCUUUCCAUUGCUUACAAGCCAGAAGACACAUUAUCCAAGGGGUCAAUUGUAACAGGGCGUGUCAGUAAAGUCAACCCAGUCACUGGUUUGAACAUUCAAUUACCUUUGCACAAAUGUGGAAGAGCCUCUCUGACUGACAUCUUGGAUCAGUAUACCAACUCACCUGUAGAGAACUUUAAAGAAAGACAAAUUGUUAAGUGCUAUGUCUUAGGUGCAAGAGAUGAUGGGCAUUUAGACUUAUCGUUGAGGCCAUCCAGAACAAAAGGAGAAACCACCAAAGAUGAAUCAGUUGAAGACAACAAGAUUUUAGAUCCCGAAUACGAGAGUUUAACAGACCUUGAUGUUGGUGGCUUGGUGAAAGGUUUUGUUCAGUCUGUUGGUAAUGCUGGUGUGUUUGUAAGUUUGUCACGUCACAUUAGAGCUCGUGUCCAAAUCAAGAAUCUUUCACACUUCUUUGUCAAGGAUUGGAGACCACUUUUUCCUCCUGGAAAACUUGUCACUGGAAAGGUCUUGAGUAUCGAUCCGUCAAAUGGCCACAUAGAGCUUACCUUAAAAGGAAAGGAUACUGGUUUAGAAGAUCCAGCACCAAACCCUAAGAAAGUAGAAAAAGCAAAGAAACGAAAACGAGAAGCCGCUUCAAAAGAACUGAAAACAGUUAAUGCAGACAAAGAUGAUGACGAGGAAGAAGAGGGAGAAGAUAGCGAUGAAGAAGUUAUGCUGAAGAAACUGAAAGGUGAAUCUGACAGUGAAGAUGACGAAAGUGAAAUAGAAAGCGAUGAAUCAUCCGAUAAAGCAUCAUCUGAAGAAGAGGCUGACGAGGCACCUUCUGAUAUCAAAUCCAGGAAUCUCGCAAGAUUACAGGUUUCAUCAGGAUUUGACUGGAAUGCAACAACACAAGAAAAUGGUCAAGUGGAUGAAACUGAUGAUGAAAGCACUGACAGCGAAACAGAAGCAACUGAACAGGUUGCACGAAAGAAAAGCAAACGACAAAAGAGAGCAGAAAAGAAAGCUGAAGAGGAAUUUCUUUACAAAACAGAACAGGCUCUUCUUGACCAAGAGCGUGCUCCAGAAUCUACAGAUGAUUUUGAUCGUUUAGUAUUAACAUCACCCAAUAAUUCUGUUCUCUGGCUGCAAUACAUGGCUUUCCAUCUACACAUUACUGAGAUUGAUAAGGCCAGGGCUGUUGCUGAAAGGGCUGUGAAAACAAUUUCUUUCAGAGAAGAAAGAGAGAAGCUUAACAUUUGGGUUGCAAUGAUGAAUCUGGAGAAUCUCUAUGGCACUCAGGACUCUCUUGUCAAGAUCUUUGAAAGAGCUUUGCAGCACAACGACCCCAAGAAAGUCUUUUUUCACUUGAUCACAAUCUAUUCCAAGUCUGACAAAAACGAGCUGGCAGAGCAGUUGUUCCACACGAUGACAAAACGGUUCAGCCAAAGCAAGAAGGUUUGGAUUGAGUUUGGACGAUUUUACAUGAAAAGUGGAAAGGUUGAAUCAGCAAGAAAGAUACUUCAACGAGCGCUAAAGAGCCUACCUGCACGAAAGCAUGUUGACGCUAUUGUUCAGUUUGCUUUAAUGGAGUUUAAACUUGGAGACCCUCAACGUGGACAGACAGUCAUGGAAGAAGUUCUAAGCAACUACCCUAAAAGAUCUGAUCUUUGGUCUGUGUAUAUUGACAUGAUGAUAAAACAAGGGGAUCCUGGCGUUGUAAGGAACAUCUUUGAACGUGUGAUUCAUCUCAACCUGUCUUCCAAAAAGAUGAAAUUCUUGUUUAAGCGCUAUCUAUUAUUUGAACGUGAAUAUGGAGAUGAACUGAGUGUAGAGAAAGUCAAGACUAAAGCAAUGGAGUACGUGGAAUCCAAGGUCGCGCUUUCAUGACGAUUCACCAAGUUUUGGAGUUUUGAAGUAUUGAAAAACCAUUGUGGUUACCCCACCAAAAUUAAAAGUGAAUUUUAGGGUUUUCUGUCAUCCAUUUGCCAGUUUGCAAAAACUGAAUCGAUUAAUUUUCACGAAAUCUCAAAUUUAAUAUGAAUAGAUUGACAUAUUCAUAUAAGAUCGUCAAAAACGUUACGAAGUUAUUACAAAAUUUGUAUUUUAUAGAACCUUGUAUCCCUAAGAUAGAAAACCAUGUGACACAAAAAAAAUCGGCUUGUGACGGUCUGAAUGUUUCGUUUUUAUCCUUAUUCAUUUCCGAAAUAUCCAAAAUAAAUUUCUUAUUUGACACGAUCGAAUUACAAGUCACCUUCAUCUGUUGGAGUAGGAAUUUCCCAUGAAACUUGGUUUCCCUACUUUUUAGUACCCAAAAUUAGAACCAACAAACAGUAAAUCAUUGAUGUUUAUACCGUCGCUCAAUCAAUAUUGGUUGUCACUGGGGGCUUGGAAGAUAAGUGAAGUACAUGCGUAAAACACUCGGUCUCUACUUACGGCACAGAAAUAUUAAAAAUUCAAACAAAUGAAAGUGGAUGGUUGCUGUAGAAAUCAUAUGUAUGGAAAUUGCUAUUUGCAAUAAAAUAUACAACUUUUA